AUGGCAAAUAUUGGCCUUAGUUUCUUCCUUCUGGUUCUACUUCUACUAUCAAAGGUGGAAGCCAGACCAAUGCCUGCAACCCCCAUUUCGCCUCUAUUUGAUCCAAACCUGCCAUCUUCUUCCAUUUCGAUAACGUCAUCGUCAUCUAGUGGAGCAAGCUUGAGUGAUAUUGAAGAUGAUGGUGAUUCUUGCAAGGGUUUAAACAGAGAGGAGUGUUUGAUGAGAAGGUCAAUGGUUGCUCACACAGAUUAUAUCUACACGCAGGAUAUCAGCACUAGUACUGAGCCGUAA